CCAAGACCACCCACUGCCUUGUCGAGUAGGCAAGGAACCAAGUGUCUCUCGUCUCUCUGCUCGUCUCUUCCUCAGCAGUCCCUAUCACUCCUAGUACUGACCCCCACAGAAACACUUCCCGCAAUGGUGGGUCCAAAAUUCACCCUGGGCUCGUCCUUCGACCCUUUGGCCAUUCCUACUAUCGAGGACGAUGACGACGUGCCUAUGCUUGACCUCGGCGACGAAGACAACAGUGCUGAGGACGCAGUGGUUGGUGAAGAGAGCCCGGAGGAGAGCGCCGCACAACCCGAACCUGAAGUCGAGGCAAAGAUAUCGGCAAAGUUGACAAAGAAGGAGAAGCAGGCUGCGAAGAAGGCUGAAAAACUACAGAAGCAGAAGCAAAAGCUCGCGGAGGCAAAAGCCAAGACUGGGGCCGUGAAGGGAGCGGCUGCACAGUCUGCUAAAGCCGCGGGAACAAAACCCGCGAAAGCAGCCGCACAAAAGACGGCGGCAUCUGUUCCGGUGGAAGACGAGGAAAAGCUGCCCGACCUCAAUCCCGAUUUCAGCUUCGAGACGGACGGCGGAUCGCUGCGGAUAGUCGACCCUGCCCACCCUUGGGACUUUACCGCGGUCAAAGCGGCGAUUAAGGCGAAUAUGAAGGAUACUACCUCCACGUCUGUGGAUGAUAAGAUUGCGCGGAAACGGAAGGAGGUGGCGGACCAGCUGAAGGCGGCCAAGAAGCAGGCCAGAGCGGAAAGCGCGGAAGUCGAUUCGGAUAAUGAAGAGCUUUCGGGAGACGAUGCGGAUGUUGAUGGUAUGGACUUGGAGGCAGCGUCAGAUGACGAGGAUGCUGACGGCGUUCUGGAAGAUGGGGCAUCCGAAAGCGAGGCGGAUGACGACGAGGGAGACGAAAAUGAGGAAGGGCAAGAGGACGAGGUGGUGAUUAGCAAACGUGCCCAGCCAGCAAGCAAUGGCAAGGGCAAGCGCGGCGCACAAAAGGACGAUGAAGAGAGCGAGGGGGAGGAUCUCGAGGACGUGGUGCAGGAGAAACGCAAAGCCGCGUACUUUGCACCCACGCCGGUAGUUGACGACUCGUUCGAGAUCGACAGUUUCCAGAACCUCCGCCUCUCCCGCCCCGUGCUCCGCAACAUCCAGGCUAUGAACUUUACGAAACCCACAUCUAUCCAGGCAAGGGCGAUCCCAAUCGCCCUGCAAGGGUCGGAUAUCUGCGGUUCCGCCGUGACCGGAUCCGGAAAGACCGCCGCUUUCAUGAUCCCCAUCAUCGAGCGUUUACUGUACCGCAGCAAAAACAUCGCCGCCUCCCGCGUUCUUGUGCUCGUCCCUACCCGUGAGUUGGGUGUCCAAUGCCACGCUGUGGGUGAACGCCUCGCGCAGGAUACCGGCAUCACCUUCUGUCUGGCAGUAGGAGGAUUGAACGGCAAAGUGCAGGCCGUAGAGCUCGGCAAGCGUCCAGACGUGAUCAUCGCCACGCCCGGACGGCUAAUCGAUCACCUCCAAAAUUCCAAAAACGUGUCUCUGGACAGCAUCGAGAUCCUGGUCAUGGACGAAGCCGAUCGGAUGCUCGAGGACGGGUUCGCCGCCGAGCUCAACGAGAUCAUCAAAAACACUCCCAAAUCCCGUCAAACCAUGCUCUUCUCCGCGACUAUGACCGACAACGUCGACGACCUGAUCAAACUCUCCCUCAACCGCCCGGUGCGCCUCUUCGUCGACGCCGCAACCUCCAUCGCCUCCAAACUCGUCCAGGAAUUCAUCCGCGUCCGCGCCCACCGCGAAACCUCCCGCCCAGCCCUCCUCGCCGCGCUCUGCACCCGCACCUACAAACAAGAAUGCAUCGUCUUCUUCCGCUCCAAAGCAGCUGCCCACCACAUGCAGAUCAUAUUCGGCCUCCUCGGCCUCAAAGCCGCCGAACUGCACGGCAACCUCACCCAACUCCAACGUCUUGAAGCCCUCGACCGCUUCCGCGCAAAAGAAGUCGACUUCCUCCUCGCCACCGACCUCGCCUCCCGCGGUCUCGACAUUGCGGGAAUCCGCACAGUCAUCAACUACGACAUGCCCAAAAACUACCCUCAAUACGUCCACCGUAUCGGCCGAACAGCCCGUGGCGGUGCUGGAGGGUGCGCCGUCUCCCUCGUCGGAGAAGCCGACCGGCAAGUCCUCAAACUCGCCGUGAAGAACUCCCGGGACGAGGUCAAACAGCGCGUGGUCCCCUCCACCGUCGUCCAGCGCUUCGAGAUCAAAAUCGACGGCUUCAAAGACGCCGUCAAGGAGAUCUACGCGGAGGAAGCCGAGGAGAAGGAGCUGAGGAAAGCGGAUAUGCAGAUCACACGGAUGCAGAAUAUGAUGGAGCAUGAGGAUGAGAUCAAGAGUCGCCCGGCAAAGACGUGGUUUCAGACUGCGAAGGAGAAGGAGGAGGAGAAGCAGAAGGGGUUGGAUAGGCAUAAUGCGAACUUUGACGGGGUGGAUGCGGAGGGAGGUGCCGCUGGUGGCGCGGGACGGAAACGGAAGGCCGGGGUUGUGGAUGAUGCGCCGAAACCCAAACGCGGAAAAUUCGACGGCCUAAACCGCAAGCAAAAACGGUCCGCGCUCGCCCGCGCCGAGGACACAAAAGAACUCGCCUCGCAAGCGCGUUCCGCCCAUCUCGCCAAGAAAUCCGCCCGGCCCCAUAAAAUCUCCUCCGUGCCCACCCCUUCCACCGCCCAUUCCAAUCCCAAUCAGAAACGGAAGAAAGCGAGCGGGUUUGAGAGUGAGAUGGUUGCCGGUAAGAAGAGGAGGGGUGAGGAGAAGGGGAAGAAGCCGGUCAAGGAUAAGGGAGGAGAGAAGGGAGGGGAUAAGAGUAAGGAAAGAGGGGAGAGGAAGUUGGGGAAGUUGAAGGGGGUUAAGGCUUUUAAGAGCAAGGCUAAGCAUCGGAGGCGGUAGAUGUUAGAAAGUCGUAGGUAUGCUGAAGGUGGUAGUAUGUAGAUUUCGCAGCGAGCAUCUGUAUAGCAUUGGCAUUUAGCACCCUUUUUAUUGUUAUUUAUUCUUUCAUGCAUCUACAAAACCCAUUUGUGAGAAUAAAAAUGUCAUCAUCGCUGUGGAUCGGCAC